AUGGUGUCUCUUAUACAUACUGCUUUACCCAUACUGCGCAGUCAAUUACAAUGCGCUCGUGCAAUUGGCCGUCGCUGGUACUCGGACAAAACAAUUGAUCCCCUCCGCAUCCUCUUCUGCGGCUCCGACGAAUUCAGCAUUGCUUCAUUGGAAGCCCUCCAUACCGAACAGCUACGAAGACCACAUUCAAUCAAGUCUAUUGAGGUUGUUUGUCGGCCGGGAAAACGGGUUGGGAGGGGCUUGAAACAGAUUCGCGAAGUUCCGAUCAAGUCGACUGCUUCGGAGCUUGGCCUCAGGAUACACGAGCUAGACACCUUCAAAGGGUGGACUCCACCAGAUGGACCCGUUGAUCUGAUCGUCGCCGUGUCUUUCGGCCUAUUCAUUCCCUCCAGAUUACUCACGGCUGCAAAGUACGGAGGCGUCAAUGUACAUCCUUCAUUACUCCCAGACCUACGAGGCCCGGCCCCUCUACACCACACCCUCCUCUCCGGACGAACGACAAGUGGCGUAACGCUUCAAACCCUCCACCAUAAACAUUUUGACCAAGGCUCGAUACUCGAUCAAACACCUGCCCCGGGUAUCCUGAUUCCAAAUCCGGACUCAUGUACGGUACCAGAAUUAUUGCGGCUUCUUGCACCAAGGGGCGCCGAAAUGCUGAUCCGAGGGAUUCAGAACCGAGUUUUCGUGCCUCCGUUGCAGGAAGUCAAGUCCCAAUUUGAAGGGUUUGACGCCAAAAACCUUACGCAUGCGGCGAAGAUAACACCGAAGGACCGUCAUAUAAACUGGAAAGAUUGGAGCUGGACUGAAAUUCAACGGCGACAACGUGUCUUGGGAUCUCUGUGGAGCGUCGCCAGACCAAAUUUUACCCGGAAGGUGUCCGAUAAAGAGAUAUCUGACCCGUUUUUUGUGAAAUCACUGGAGAAGAGGGUGAUUUUUCAGGAAAUUGAAGAGGUCUCACCAGGUACAGUUCCGGAAGGUGCCCUAUCUCAAACCGGUCCAGGGUUGCCUUUCACCCUCGGUUUUGCCCAAAGAAAGCUCCACGACAAAGCCUUGUACGUCUACAGUGCAGAUAAUAAGCUCUUACGUCUGAACCAACUCAAAUUUGAGGGAGAAAGGUUCAAUGAUGCGCUGAUCGCUGCUCAAAAGGCGCGUAUGUUCGCCCUUGACGAUCUUGGUAAUGGGGAUUCUGAGCUUAUCAUGUUCUCUAAUAAAUUGGUUUGA